UGCACAACUAGGACAAGUUCUGGAGAUGGUGGCGGCUCUUUCCUCUGAGCUCAGUCUCGGAUCCAGACAGCAAGGAUCCCGGAGAGGCUGCAAAGCGCAACUUGUUGGAGGGGGUCAAAGACUGGGGCAUGGGCACUGGCAACACAUCAUCCCUGCUCUGGUAACGGGAAAUCUGACAGAACUGCAGACGCUAGUCGAGAAGGGAGAUGUGGAGCUUCUGUGUCAGUACGAUGAGAAAGGACACACACUUCUGCAUUGGGUAGCUCUCAGUGGAUCCAUAUCUCUUCUCAGAUACUUGUUAGACUUAAAGCUUCCCGCGAAUCUCCCCAGCCGCUCUGAAUCGGCACAGCGACCUAUUCACUGGGCAGCGGUCAAAGGACUGAUCAGUGUCAUAGACGUCCUACUGCAAGCUGGAGUUUCAGUGGAUGAGAGGGACAAGAGAGGAUGCACUCCUUUAAUAAUAGCUUCACAAUGCGGACACAUUGCCCUCUGUUGCUACCUGAUGGGGAAAGGAGCCAGACUGCAAGCGUGUGACAGUGAAGGUGACAAUGCAUUGCACUGGGCAUCAUUUAAAGGGCACUGCGAGUUAACUUGCCUGCUGAUAUAUUCUGGCUUCAAUCCUAGGCAACUGGAUGGCUUUGGUCAGACACCGUUGCAUUUAGCUGUCCUUAGUGGAGAUCUCCUUACAGUCCAGCUGCUCUGUGAGCAGAAUGGAGUAGAAUUAGAAACUGAGGAUAAAAGUGGGAACACACCUCUAAAACUUGCAAGAGGCCACCAGUUUAAAGAUAUCGUUGUAUAUUUAGAAAAUACGAUCAGUCAAUCAAAAAGUCUGAUCCCAAAGUUUAACUGGAGUUCAUUGGUCUUUGGCCCACCUGGAAAAUCUAAAGGACCGAUUCUUUUCUUUUAUGGCUGUUUGCUGUUAUGGGGUUACCCUACUUAUUUUACACAGAUUGUCUCGAUCUCCUUCAACAGGCUAUUGAGCUUCCAUAUCACCUUCUUGAUCAGCAAUGCACUGAUGUGGUAUCUAUUUCUAAAAGCUUCCCUGAUGGAUCCUGGUUUCCUUCUGAGAGACAGUGAAGAAUACGAUCAUGCUCUUAAGCAGGCAGUUUACUCUGAUGAAUGGAAACAGGGAAAGAACCCUCUAAGCAGACUUUGCCAUACUUGCCACCUUGUGAAGCCUCUUCGGUCCAAGCACUGUCAUGUAACUAACCGCUGUGUGGGCUACUUUGACCAUUACUGCCCUUACAUCUAUAAUGAUGUUGGCUACAGAAACCGGGUUUAUUUUUUGGGCUUCUUAGCUACAAUGUGCCUUAAUAGUGUGAUGGGAGUCUACCUUGCUUGGGACUGGUUUAAUGAGAUGGGUCGCAGCAUAUUCAUUGGAAUCGGCUUCAUCUUCCUGUCCAGCAUUGCUGUCAGUUCAGCAAUAAUGACCUGCACAUAUUUCUAUACAGCUACAAUUAACAUAACAAUAAAUGAACAUAUGAACCAGAAGAGAUACAGUUAUCUUUAUGAUGAAAAUGGCCACUUUCAUAACCCGUUCAACAGGGGUAUUAAACUGAAUUUGAUGGAGUUUUUCUACCUCAUUGAGCCACGGAAGGAGCAUGAAUUAAACACAACGAAUGAGCUGUGCAUCAUCUGAGUAACAGCGCGGAAACUAUACCAUUGGAUCAGAUUUCCCGUCAUCAAAAUGGAAGCACAAAUAUCUUUAUUUAAGAAAACUCAUCCUGUUUCAGAAAAAAAAUAUAAAGAUGCAUUACCGUCAUACAGCAAAGCUGCAAAUAUUAAAAGAAAAAUGUGGAUUGAGGUUCUUCGUGGACAUGAGUAGCGUCAAUCUGCUGCUAUUACUGUACUAAUUAUGCAUUUGCACCUGUGCUUCACCUGAAAACCACUGCGAGGGUAGGCCAGUAAACAUUGGGGUGGGUCAUUUUUAUAAGCACACUACUACAUUAAUUUUCACCUCCCAUGUGAAGCAUUACCCUAAUAAAAUUCAGGGCACAAGUAAAGCCCUCCCCUCCAUCAUCCAGUGCUGCGGCAUGCUCUAUCUUCCUCAUAUUAUUAGUUUUAAUUAAGUGCUGUCUGGCCCAUUGUACAGCUAUCUGGUCUUUUCACAAGUCAAGUAAACAAAACUAAUACUGUAGAACUGGACAUUAUGAAAUUCCAUGAGGUUCAGCAUAGGUAGACUCUGCAGGUUCUUUUUUGCAAAUAUGAUGCAGCCAGCUAAGUGUAAUAGGGUUAUUUCCAUAUUCCGACAAUUGCAAUUAUUUACUGGGCUGAACUGUUGAUGCAAGUGCCGUCUUUCACAGUUGAACAUUUUAGCACCUGAUUUUAGUCCUUCUAUACAGAGAGAGUGGACUUGGGCAAAGACUGCUCUACAAUUUAUACAAAAAUUGUUCUACAGUGAGCAUUGUUCUCUAACUAUGCAUUGAAAAUAGCUAUGUGUUCCAAUUGUGCUCACGGCACCCAUAUGUAUGGGUAAAGGGCUAAGAUAUCCACAACAAAGCUUUUGAUGAUGUAAUUUGAACCAUGAGGAUUGAUUGGUAUAACUUUGUUUACUCAGUGAAUUAUUUUUCAAAGAAUCCUGUAUCUUGCUCAUUGCUUGUUUUCACAAUCCGCAGAAUGGAACUUACAAAUGUAUACAUAAGUAGAAAUAAUGUUUGCAUUUUCAAACCUGCAGGGCAUAUAUGAAACAUUAAAGGUGAAUUCACCACAUGGAAUAACUAUUGAUAGGUUUCAGGAUAAGAACAGCAUUAGAACAAGUCCAUUUAAUAGGAAAGGUUGUGCAGUUCCUAAGCCAAAAGGUGUUGUAAUUUAUUUUGCUAAACCUUGAUCUCCUAAUGGGUUGCUAGGCUAAUGAACUUGCAUUUUCUCUAUUUGGGUGAAAUAGUAAUCCUGAUAACAUCAUCGUGACCUGGAAAUCAUUGCAAAUCUUUGUUAGUUGUUGAAUUAUUUUAAAAUUAUUUUCAAAGUUGUAAACCACUGAAACCCAAACUUAAUUUGCGUUUUGAUGGUGUCAGUUGUAUGUGUACAUAGAUUUCAUCCAUAUAAGAGAGAUACUUUGGCAGUUAUCAAUGUAGAUGGGACUCACAGGCUCAUCCUCCAUUAGUAAGUCUUUCACAUUUGAUGCCCUUGUCGACAAUAUAGAUUUUAUUUCCUCUGAUGUGAAACAGUCUAAUUGAAAACAAAAUAUAAUCACAUCCAUACUUUGCACUGGUUUAAGGUGUUAACAGAUCAUAUUUGAAUAUAGCAUUCAACCUUGAGAACAUAAUUCAGAUACCAGUUGGCACCUUAGCCCUGAAUAAGUUCCAAAUUAAUGUCAGAGAUGUUGGAGUAGGGACUUCCUGCAGGGCUCACUAAAAAAGCACAAGUAUUGUAACACCUCAACCUUAAAGCAUUGUGAGGCAUCUGAACCUAACCAUACCGCACUCCAUUAACUGCUAAUAAAUGUCAUACCAAAACUUUGUGUUAGCUGUGCCUUAGGAAUUUUUACAAUUUCUGUGUAUAAUAACAGCAAGAAGGUGAUACCACAGUUUCCACUAAAUUUCUUCAAUUUUAGAAAAAAGCAUAGAUGGUCAAAAACGUAUCAUUUUUUGAUAUUUGUAAUCACUCAGUAUAAAUGUAUUAAGGACAGUAAAUAGAACACGUUGUGAAGAACAACAUCAUUUAGUAAAUGCCUCCAUUCAGACUUUGUUAUGUACCAGCUACAUUGUACAAACAUUUAGCACAGUGGAUUACAGGAAGUAGCGUAUUGUCUAUACAUUUUGGUCUCCAUGUAUAAGAAGGUGGAUUUAGAAAGCAAAGGUCUAAUUUCCUGAAUCAUAUGUUUAAUGCCUUAAUGCCUUAAUAAAUGCUGACUUGCAUUAAGUCUGUACAAAAAUAUGAUCAAUCUUGAUCAAAAUUAACAUUGGGCAAAAUAUUUGCAGCUGUUUUUAUUUUAUUCAUAAAAUAUUGAGACUUACAAUGAAA